GCGAGACGUAGCGGUGCUGCGCCACCCGGCCGCCAGGUGGCGCAGCGAUGCAGGCGGUGAGAGAGGCAGCGCGGCGGGUUGCGGAGGAGGCGCAUGAACUGUACUUGAACAAUUCGAUACCUUACUUGGAGCAGCCUCCUACCCCAUUGGAAUUCUGGCGAAGUUGGCUGUGUCCCAACAAACCCUUCAUCGUGCAAAAUGGCAUCAGUCACUGGCCAGCCGUCUCCAAAUGGACAUUCUCCUACCUCAGAGAAAGGGCUGGAGAGCAGAGAGUGAGUGUGGCAGUGACUCCCAAUGGUUACGCUGAUGCCGUGUACCAGGACCGAUUCGUCAUGCCUGAGGAACGGCAGAUGCUGUUCAGAGAAUUCCUGGACAUUGUUGAGAGGAAGCAGGCAGCUGAUGGAGUGUUCUACAUACAGAAGCAGUGCUCAAAUCUGACCGAGGAAUUCCCUGAGCUCCUGAAGGAUGUAGAAUCACACAUCCCGUGGAUGACUGAGGCACUGGGAAAGAGCCCUGAUGCAGUAAAUUUCUGGCUGGGGGAAUCAGCUGCAGUGACCUCAUUGCAUAAAGAUCACUAUGAGAACCUGUACUGUGUGAUUUCGGGAGAGAAGCAUUUUAUCCUCCUUCCGCCCACUGACAGACCCUUUAUCCCCUACGAACUCUUCCAACCUGCAACAUACAAGGUUAAUGAAGAUGGUUCCUUCGAUGUGAUAGAUGUGCAGAAUGCAGAGAAGGUACCUUGGAUUCCUUUGGACCCUCUGGAUCCUGACCUCAGUCGUUUCCCUGAGUAUGCCCAUGCAAAACCGCUCCAUUGCACAGUGAGAGCAGGCGAGAUGCUAUAUCUCCCCUCAUUGUGGUUUCAUCAUGUUCGCCAGUCACAUGGCUGUAUUGCAGUGAAUUUCUGGUAUGACAUGGAGUAUGACAUCAAGUACAAUUAUUUCCAGUUCCUAGACUCAGUAACAAAAAUGAUGAAUGCACUGUAAUCUUCCCAGGAUUCAGCCAAGAUUGAGUGAACUGCACCAUGGGCUUCUGUCAGAUAUGGGCUAGCUUCUUCACUGUGUUCCAGAUGAGUCACCAAGUAGCCAAUAUCAAAUUAAAUAUUUGUACUGUAUUCACUAUAGGAGGAAAUCAAUGUUACAAAUGCAGAACACUUUUCAUCACAUCUGCAAAACUCAUGUCUUAGCACAUCAGAAGCUUGAAGAUUUUGUAUGUUGGUUAUGGGUGGGUAAAUAUACUGACAUUCUGUGAACAAAUAUGGUGCUCCCCAAGUGAAGAUCUUUCCAGUGAUUCUCAAGAUUGUGCAUACCAUAUUCAUUGCUUGAAGAUAAUUGACAAUUUUGUAUAACUACUUCAUUGAGAUUAGCGAGACAGUGUCUUGAAUGUACUAUUCAAAGCUGGCACCAUGUGAAUUGCAGAACUCCAGUUAAGAUGAUGAUCGAUUUCAUGGUUAGAAUAAUGCAGUCGCACAAUAUUCUGACUGUAUCAAGCAACCUAUUUAUUCAAGAUAAUUAAGGACAGUUUUUCUUUCUACCUCAUCAAUUUCAAUGGAGGAUUGACAAUGUGGAACAAUGGAAUACCAGUUGUAUUUUGCAGAAGAAAAUGAUAGGUGCAGUCUUCUGGAAUGACCUGCCUAUUUCUGUUUUUCAAUGUGAAUCCUGUCUGUCAUUAUAUUAAAAUCUGAAUAUAGGUUGGCAUUUACAAUGCAUUGUCAAUAUCAGUCUGAUUAUUUUCAACAGAUCAAGAGGGUAACGUGCACUUUGUCUGGCAAUUCAAUGACAUAACACAGUUUUUAGUGUUAUACCACUGAAAAGUCAAUUUUAGCGCAAAAUAGAAACAUAGAAAACCUACAGUGCGAUACAGGCCCUUCAGCCCACGAAGCUGUGCCGAACAUGUCCCUACCUUAGACUACCUAGGUUUUACCCAUAGCCCUCUAUUUUUCUAAGCUUCAUGUAGCCAUCCAGGAGUCUCUUAAAAGACCCUAUCAUUUCUACUGCCACCGGCAGCCCAUUCCACGCACUCACCACUCUCUGUGUAAAAAAAAACUUAUCCCUUACAUCUCCUCUGUACCUACUUCCAAGCACCUUCAAACUAUGCCCUCUUGUGCUAGCCAUUUCAGCCCUGGGAAAAAGCCUCUGACUAUCCACACGAUCAAUGCCUCUCAUCAACUUGAACACCUCUAUCAGGUCACCUCUCAUCCUCCAUCGCUCCAAGGAGAAAAGACCGAGUUCACUCAAUCUAUUCUCAUAAGGAGUGCUCCCCAAUCCAGACAACAAACUUGUAAAUCUCCUCUGCACCCUUUCUAUGGUUUCCAUGUCUUUCCUGUAGUGAGGCGACCAGAAUUGAGCACAGUACUCCAGGUGGGGUCUGAUCGAGGUCCUAUACAGCUGCAAUAUUACCUCUUGACUCUUAAACUCAAUCCCAUGAUUGAUGAAGGCCAGUGCACUAUAUGCCUUCUUAAUCACAGAGUCAGCCUGCAUAGCAGCUUUGAGAGUCCUGUGGACUUGGACCCCAAGAUCCUUCUGAUCUGCCACACUACCAAGAGUCUUACCAUUAAUGCUAUAUUCUGCCAUCAUAUUUGACCUACCAAAAUGAACCACUUCACACUUACCUGGGUUAAACUCCAUCUGCCACUUCUCAGCCCAUUAUGCAUCCUAUCAAUGUCCCGUUGUAAUCUCGUGACAGCCCUCCACACUAUCCACAACACCCCCAACCUUUGUGUCAUCAGCAAAUUUACUAACCUAUCCCUCCACUUCCUCAUCCAGGUCAUUUAUAAAAAUCACAAAGAAAAGGGGUCCCAGAACAGAUCCCUGAGGCACACCACUGGUCACCGGUCUCCAUGCAGAAUAUGACCUGUCUACAACCACUCUUUGCCUUCUGUGGGCAAGCCAGUUCUGGAUCCACAAAGCAAUGUCCCCUUGGAUCUCAUG